UAUAACAAAUGUAAAGUAUGGCCAAUAUAAACACACUUUAUCUCAUGGAUAAUGUGCAGCAAACACUGAACAGGGGAAACACUCGUUUAUACAUUGUAUCAUUUACUUGUUAUGUAAAACACUGCAGAUUGGGAAAUUCGAGAGUCCGUCGGCAGUUAACAACUUAAAAGUGUUACAACCAUAACAAGUGGUCCCAAGGUGACCUGAAUUGUAAACUGGAAAUUGGAUACAACUUUGUGGUCGAAGAAUGUCAGAAUAGCUUCUAAUGGCAUUGACGGAUAUACUGUUUUCAAUUAAGAUACAAUUUUAAUAAGCAGUAAAACAAAACUAAUUGUGCUCCUUUCGGAAUAGUUGAUAUAUUCGGAAAACACAGCGAUUAACCAUUCAUAUACUUUCAAUGAGUAUCACUGGAUGUAACUCAUGUAGAGAACCCAACAUACAGUCAUAGAACUUUCAGUGAAACGAGACAUUUACAAUUGUUACAGUAUACAAUAGAAAUGAAACCCUGAACAAAACAAUCGUUGGCAAUCUUAUCAUAUCUCUUUAAAAUAUUAUAUGAGUUUAAAAGAAAAUGGCUGAUAAUUCUACACUGUCUAUGAAAGAUUAUACAAAUUAUCUUGCAUCUGUCAAUAUCUGGAAAUAUUUGUCACCAUGCCUAAUUAUUGUUGGAACAUUUGCAAAUAUUCUGUCUAUCAUUGUUCUACUACGGAAGUCCAUGCGGAACUCUACAACUAUGUUCUAUCUAACUAUUCUUGCGUUCGGAGACCUUUCUGUGUUAUACACUGGACUUUUACGACAAUGGCUCCGUCAUGCUUUUGACAUUGAUUUGAGAUCUUAUUCGAAUUUCGGAUGUAAAUUGCAUGUAUUUCUUGUAUAUUUUACUUUAGAUUUUAGCACGUGGAUAUUGGUUGCUGUGACAAUUGAUCGAUGUAUAUCGGUUUGUCUGCCAUUCAAAAGCAGAGACUAUUGUACCAUGAAGCAUGCUAAAAUAGCUGUUAUAUCAAUUUGCGUUCUAUUAUGUGCUUUAAACGGCCAUUUAUUUGGAACAGUUGCUUUAGAUGGAAACCAGGGAUGCUAUGGGAUAUCAAGUUUUAUUCUCUCAGUUUGGCCAUGGAUUGACUUGUGUGCUUUUUGUAUUGGCCCAUUUGCAGUUAUGAUGGUAUGUAAUAUUUUUAUUAUUCGCCAAAUUGUGAUGUCAAACAAACGUAUUGAAAGCCAUAAAGAUCCUGGAGGUAGGAACCUAAAAAUAGAGCUGCCAAUCCCUUCUACUUCUAGUGCAUAUCGAAAUGGGCAUGCUCCCAAGACACAUGGACGUCACAGUAAAAAUAAACGGCGUUUAAGGAAAAUUUCUCACGUGACAAUCAUGCUUUUAACUGUAAAUAUUGUGUAUUUUACAUGUACUUUGCCGAUAGCUAUUUAUUUGAUUGGAUACAAAUUUUGGGUUCCAGGAGCAACCGCUGAAAGACGUGCAGCUUUAGACCUUGUUUGGGCGAUUUCGAAUUUCUUACAAUACACAAACAAUACCAUUCAUUUCUUUAUGUAUUGUUUGACAAGUCCAAAGUUCAGGAAAGAAUUAUUUAGCUUAUUUGAUAUGAAGCACACGCAUGUGGAGUUCGAACAUUCAGCAGCUUAUAAACAGGACACAGCAAAUGUUACAAAGUUCUGAUGAUAGAGAAGGACAAAAUUGAGUAAUAUUACAAUUCAUGUGAUGUAAAAUGUUUUGACAGGAACAAACAUAAUACCUCAUUCAUUGUUGUUU